AUGGCUUCAAAAGACACUGAACAGACGAAAUCGUCCAAUAUUCCUCCACAAGUGUUUGUUCCUACUCCUCAUAACAACCCUAUGGACUACGGAGCAGUGUCACGCCAGCAGGGCCAUGUGACCAAAAAGUUUGUGUUGUGCUUUGAUGGCACAGGCAACAAGUUCUCUGGUACAGAUGCAGACAGCAAUAUCCUCAAGAUAUAUCGAAUGCUUGACCGCAAUGGAGAUGAUCAGUUUCAUUACUAUCAGCCCGGAAUCGGCACCUACGUUACCAAGGCAGACGGUUCCAUGACCCGAACAGGACGAUGGGAUAAGUUCCAGUCUUGGUAUGCCAAGGCCAAAGACAGUGCAAUUGGAACUUCGUUUGACAUGCACGUCAUGGCAGGAUACAGAUUUCUCAUGCGAUACUACACUCCUGGUGACGACAUAUACUUUUUCGGUUUCUCGCGAGGCGCAUACACGGCGCGUUUUCUUGCUGAGAUGCUCGAUCACGUUGGCCUUUUGUCGGCAGGCAAUGAAGAAAUGUGCCAGUUUGCAUGGAAAACAUUUCAGAAGUGGCAAUGCCGCCUACCAGACGAGAAGCGUAAGGACCGCACGCCUGGCGAAAAGUCGGAAAAGCACAAACUCCUAGAGUUCAUGUGCGCUUUCAGGGAGACUUUCAGUCGCCCAGUCAAGCCAAUCCGCUUUCUUGGUCUCUUCGACACAGUUAACAGUGUCCCAGCGUUUGAAAAUGCAUGGAUGCAGCGCAGUAGAUUCCCCUACACCGCGCGAAGUAGCGCUGUCGUCAUUCGACACGCAGUCGCCAUAGACGAGCGUCGAGCAAAGUUUCGACAAGAUCUUGUGUCACAAGAGAAGCCUGACAGAUCCAUGUACUACAAACGCCGUCGUAAGCAUCUACAGCACAUGAAGGAAAUGGCCCAUGACUGUACCGAACAACAGUACAUGGACGAGACGGACAAGGAGGAACAGGGUAACAGAGGUCGACGGGAAACACUGGCUCCUCCUGAAGUGUUCAGAAACCCGCAUGACACUUCAGGUGUGCGCAGUCAGAGUAGGGGAUACUCUGCAGAUGGAAAUUAUCGUUCCGGUACACCCUCUAUGCGCUCGUAUGAAGGUGCACAUACGUUCAACUCAGAGGAGGAAGAUCAAGACAUACAAGAGGUCUGGUUUCCAGGGUGCCACGCUGACAUUGGUGGAGGCUGGCCACUUGGUGACGACGACGCAGCUUUGAGCCACGUUCCCCUCGUGUGGAUGGUACGCGAAGCGCAAAAAGCCGGCCUCGAAUUCGACGAAGAGAAGCUGGAAGCUCUAGGUUGUUACCUCGAAGAGUCCCACAUCAGCGGCGGAAAGACACACAUCAACGUCCCAACCAUCGAAGUCGCCCCCGCGUCACCACUGCCCAACACCAGCUCAGGCGCCGCGUCAUCCGGUAUGACCGGCUACACCGACGACGACAACAUCCUCUCCCAUCACCAAGAAUGGCCAGAUACCCAUUUCCACCGCCACCUCCAUGAAGCCGCCACCAAAGGCCGCAUCCACGACGUGCUGCAGUUCAACAACGGUGCCACCCGCAUGGGCGUCAUAUCCUGGAAUAUUAUGGAAUAUCUACCCUUCCGACGCAUGGAUCUUCAAGAAGAUAGUACCUGGAAAGCCAUUCGCUGGCCGCUUCCCAAAGGCGAAACACGCGACAUCCCCGCCAACGCCGUCAUACACAGCAGCGUUAUUAAGCGUAUGCGCGCUGAUCCUACCUACCGGCCUGGCAACCUCAUCGUCGGGGGUGGCGGCCGCGGCGUUAGACACGCGCCCAAGGAUUUGGGUAUGGGCAAGUGGAUAAUUGUUUGCGAUGAAGGUGACCAUGUGGCCGAGUGCUUUGUGAGGAGAUUUCCGCCUGAGAGGACAAAGACAGAGGAGAUGGAAGCGUCUGUGAGUGCAGGUGGGCCACAGGGAAAUUAUUUUGCGGGAAGGAAACGGUCGACUGCUGUGUAG